AUGCUCGCUCUUGUCCACCCUUUUGACCCGUCCCCUGAACCCCACGCGUCCAGGCAGAUUCCAAGAAGACUGCCGUCCUUCACAAAGCAGCCUCAGAAGCAGAUCUCAUUUGCAAAGAAUCACUCGAAUUCAUUCCAGCAGCCAGCACAGGCUUCUUCAUCGUCGGCGUCGACGUCCUCCUUGCACCACAACCACCACCAUCAGCCGGAGCGAUCUCCAGCACCAGCGACCUCCACGGCGGCGGCGACGGCUGCACCGCAGCAGCAGCAAACCCCCUUCGACAUCAACACUUACCCGUCGACCGACCUUCUCAAGGUCCUCGCAUCGCUUUUAACGCAGAUUGCGGCGACGAACGACAAGCUAGAGUCGGCCUCCAAUGCAUCGGAAAGCCAGGCUUUGCAGUCCAUACAGCACGCAACGCCUAUCUGGCAUACACUGACGACGGCGUCGAAAAAUGCCAUUUUGACUCCCUCGUCAACCCUCACUUUUCACGCCAGGAACGUACCAACGAUCAGUCUCGAAGCAUAUCUCCUCCGCAUUCUCAAAUAUUGCCCUACAUCGAACCAAGUUUUCCUUUCCCUGCUCGUCUACUUCGACAGAAUGUCGAAACUCAGCACAGAGGCUAUUGGGAGGACGUUUGUGAUUGAUUCCUACAACAUCCAUCGCCUUGUGAUUGCGGGAGUGACGGUGGCGAGCAAGUUCUUCAGCGACGUCUUUUAUACAAAUUCUCGCUAUGCAAAAGUCGGCGGACUGCCGCAAGCCGAGCUAAAUCAGCUUGAACUCCAAUUUUUGCUGCUAAACGACUUCAGACUGGUGAUCUCACCAGCCGAGAUGCAGCGAUACGCUGAACAACUUAUCGUUUUCGCCCAUUCCGAUAACCCCACCGCAGUACCUAUCUCCCACUCCUCCUUGCCACCUCAGCCUACUCCAUCCACACAUACUCCAACCACCCCUUCAUCCACGCAUACAAGCCGUGUACCACAUGGCGCAGUAGCUAUGGGGGCUGUGGACGCUUACGGAGGACGUAUACCAGACGAUCGCCAAUCUUAUCAUCAUCCGCAACCCGAGAUUAAGCCACACCAACCCGUUUACGAUACCCACUCGGCACCUCAUUCAUCCCAAUUCCAUCGAGUGUCCUCAUCGAGCAGCCGCUCUGUUGAGGUCAACGGUGACCACACCAAAACGCCAUUCAGCAAGCCUAGAUAUGCACCUGAGGAUGAAGAGACGGAGACGGAGACGGAAACUGAGAAUGAUGUAGCGGAUGGUGAUGAUACCACGGACGAUGAGCCCACGAUCCGGCCCGCGCGCUCAGCAGGCGGCUCAUGCGCAUCAUCCUCGGAUACCCAGAGUUUGUGCAGUGUUAGUACCGAUGAGGGAGAUACGGGCGAUGAGGCAGGGGACGAGUAUGGGACCGUUGAUGGCGACGAUGAUGAGUGGAUAGGACGGCCUAGACCGCCAGGAGCUGCAGGAGCUGAGGGCGAGGUUAGUGAAGGGUCUGGUGAUGCCACUCCUGAGCGGAGAGUUUUCAUCGUCCAGCGCUCUCCGAAAGAUAGAGAUAUAGUAGACCAUCGAAUGGGUAGCCCUUGA